GGGCCCCGCGCGCGGCUGGACGGCGCAGGUGAGGGCGGCCGCGCCAUGGUGGACCCCGUGGGCUUCGCCGAGGCGUGGAGGGCGCAGUUCCCGGACUCGGAGCCGCCGCGCAUGGAGCUGCGCUCGGUGGGCGACAUCGAGCGGGAGCUGGAGCGCUGCAAGGCCUCCAUCCGGCGCCUGGAGCAGGAGGUGAACCAGGAGCGCUUCCGCAUGAUCUACCUGCAGACGCUGCUGGCCAAGGAGAAGAAGAGCUACGACCGGCAGCGCUGGGGCUUCCGCGGCGCCGCGCAGACCCCCGACGGCGCCGCCGAGCCCCGCGCGCCCGCGCCCGCAGACGGCGCCGACCCGCCGCCGGCCGAGGAGGUGGAGGCCCGGCCCGACGGAGAGGGCUCCCCCGGCAAGGCCAGGCCCGCGUCCGCCCGCAGGCCCGGGGCCCCCGCGCCCGCCGACCGGGACGACCGGGGGCCCCCCACCAGCGUGGCGGCGCUCAGGUCCAACUUCGAGAGGAUCCGCAAGGGCCACAGCCAGGCCGGGGCGGCGGACGCCGAGAAGCCCUUCUACGUGAACGUCGAGUUUCACCACGAGCGCGGCCUGGUGAAGGUCAACGACAAAGAGGUGUCGGACCGGAUCAGCUCCCUGGGCAGCCAGGCCAUGCAGAUGGAGCGCAAGAAGUCCCAGCAGGGCGCCGGGCCGGGCGUGGGGGACGCGCCCAGGCCCUCCCACCGGGGGCGCUCCGAGAGCAGCUGUGGCGUCGAUGGGGACUACGAGGAUGCGGAGCUGAACCCCCGCUUCCUGAAGGACAACCUGAUUAACGCCAACGGUGGCGGCGGCAGGCCCCCUUGGCCGCCCCUGGAGUACCAGCCCUACCAGAGCAUCUACGUCGGGGGCAUGAUGGUAGAAGGGGAGGGCAAGGGCCCGCUCCUGCGCAGCCAGAGCACCUCCGAGCAGGAGAAACGCCUCACCUGGCCCCGCAGGUCCUACUCCCCUCGGAGCUUUGAGGACAGCGGAGGCGGCUACACCCCGGACUGCAGCUCCAAUGAGAACCUCACCUCCAGCGAGGAGGACUUCUCCUCGGGUCAGUCCAGCCGCGUGUCCCCAAGCCCCACCACCUACCGCAUGUUCCGGGACAAGAGCCGCUCGCCAUCACAGAACUCACAGCAGUCUUUCGACAGCAGCAGCCCCCCUACCCCGCAGUGCCAGAAGCGACACAGGCAGGGCCAGGUCGUGGUGUCAGAGGCCACCAUCGUGGGCGUCCGCAAGACGGGACAGAUCUGGCCCAGCGAUGGGGACAGCGUGUCGGGCAGGCUGUCUCAGGAGGGCACCUUCCAUGGAGAAGCAGAUGCAGCAUUUGGGACGCCACCCGGGUACAGCUGCACGGCGGACCGGGCUGAGGAGCAGCGCCAACACCAGGACGGGCUGCCCUACAUCGAUGACUCGCCCUCCUCCUCACCCCACCUCAGCAGCAAGGCCAGGGGCAGCCGGGACACCCUGGAGUCCACCAAAGCGAGUGAGCUGGACUUGGAAAAGGGCUUGGAGAUGAGGAAAUGGGUCCUGUCUGGAAUCCUGGCGAGUGAGGAGACUUACCUGAGCCACCUGGAGGCACUGCUGCUGCCCAUGAAGCCUUUGAAGGCCGCUGCCACCACCUCUCAGCCGGUGCUGACAAGCCAGCAGAUUGAGACCAUCUUCUUCAAAGUGCCUGAGCUCUAUGAGAUCCACAAGGAGUUCUACGAUGGGCUGUCCCCCCGCGUGCAGCAGUGGAGCCACCAGCAGCGGGUGGGCGACCUCUUCCAGAAGCUGGCCAGCCAGCUGGGUGUGUACCGGGCCUUUGUAGACAACUAUGGAGUUGCCAUGGAAACGGCUGAGAAAUGCUGUCAGGCCAAUGCUCAGUUUGCAGAAAUCUCGGAGAACCUGAGAGCCAGAGGCAGCAAGGACGGCAAGGAGCAGACGGCCAAGAAUUCUUUGGAAACCCUGCUCUACAAGCCUGUGGACCGGGUGACCCGCAGCACGUUGGUCCUGCACGACCUGCUGAAGCACACACCCUCCAGCCACCCUGACCACCCGCUGCUACAAGACGCCCUCCGCAUCUCACAGAACUUCCUGUCCAGCAUCAAUGAGGAGAUCACGCCCCGCCGGCAGUCCAUGACCGUGAAGAAGGGAGAGCACCGGCAGCUGCUGAAGGACAGCUUCAUGGUGGAGCUGGUGGAGGGGGCCCGCAAGCUGCGCCACGUCUUCCUGUUCACCGACCUGCUCCUCUGCACCAAGCUCAAGAAGCAGAGCGGAGGCAAAACCCAACAAUAUGACUGCAAGUGGUACAUCCCUCUCACGGACCUCAGCUUCCAGACGGUGGACGAGUCAGAGGCGGUCCCCAACAUCCCCCUGGUACUGGACGAGGAGCUGGAUGCCAUGAAGAUCAAGAUCUCUCACAUCAAGAACGACAUCCAGAGAGAGAAGAGAGCAAACAAGGGCAGCAAGGCCAUCGAGAGGCUGAAGAAGAAGCUCUCGGAGCAGGAGUCGCUGCUCCUGCUCAUGUCCCCCAGCAUGGCCUUCAGGGUGCACAACCGCAACGGCAAGAGUUACACAUUCCUGAUUUCAUCUGACUACGAGCGUGCCGAGUGGAGGGAGACCAUCCGGGAGCAGCAGAAGAAGUGCUUCAAAAGCUUCUCGCUGACGUCCGUGGAGCUGCAGAUGCUGACCAACUCGUGUGUCAAGCUCCAGACUGUUCACAGUAUUCCACUGACCACCAACAAGGAAGAUGACGAAUCUCCCGGGCUCUCCGGGUUCCUGAAUGUCAUCGUCCACUCCGCUACUGGCUUUACGCAGAGUUCACAUCUGUACUGCACCCUGGAAGUGGAUUCCUUUGGGUAUUUCGUGAAUAAAGCCAAGACACGCGUCUACAGAGACACGACUGCGCCAAACUGGAAUGAGGAGUUUGAGAUCGAGCUGGAAGGCUCCCAGACCCUGAGGAUCCUGUGCUAUGAGAAGUGUUACAACAGAGCCAGGAUCACCAAGGAGGACGGCGAGAGCACAGACCGGAUCGUGGGGAAGGGCCAGGUCCAGCUGGACCCCCAGGCCCUGCCGGACAGAGACUGGCAGCGGACCGUCAUCGCCAUGAAUGGGAUUGAAGUGAAACUCUCAGUCAAGUUCACCAGCAGGGAGUUCAGCUUGAAGCGAAUGCCUUCCAGAAAGCAGACGGGCGUCUUUGGAGUCAAGAUCGCCGUGGUCACCAAGAGGGAGCGAUCCAAGGUGCCCUACAUCGUGCGCCAGUGCGUGGAGGAGAUCGAGCGCCGGGGCAUGGAGGAAGUGGGCAUCUACCGUGUGUCUGGAGUGGCCACAGACAUCCAGGCGCUGAAGGCUGCCUUUGACGUCAAUAACAAGGACGUGUCAGUGAUGAUGAGUGAGAUGGACGUGAACGCCAUCGCCGGGACACUGAAGCUCUACUUCCGAGAACUGCCCGAGCCCCUCUUCACGGACGAGUUCUACCCCAGCUUUGCUGAGGGCAUCGCUCUUUCAGACCCCGUUGCAAAGGAGAGCUGCAUGCUGAACUUGCUGCUGUCGCUCCCAGAGGCCAACCUGCUGACCUUCCUCUUCCUGCUGGACCACCUGAAAAGGGUGGCAGAAAAGGAGACGGUGAACAAGAUGUCCCUGCACAACCUCGCCACGGUCUUCGGCCCCACACUGCUCCGGCCCUCGGAGAAGGAGAGCAAGCUCCCUGCCAACCCCAGCCAGCCCAUCUCCAUGACCGACAGCUGGUCCCUGGAGGUCAUGUCCCAGGUCCAGGUGCUGCUGUACUUCCUGCAGCUGGAGGCCAUCCCUGCCCCAGACAGCAAGAGACAAAGCAUCCUAUUCUCCACGGAAGUCUAAAGGCCCAUCUCCACCUCCGAGAAGCCAACAGAACGGCCUGGAAACCUCCUGGCGAAACGAGCCAUCUGCAGAGUAGGGACCAAAGCUUCUUGAGGAGUCACCGGGCUGCCCCAGGGCCCGGCCAUCUGCCAAGAGACAACUACCCAAGGCAAAAGGCCAUGUGGCCCGGGCAGUUCUGGGCCCCAGCCCCGGAGCCUGCAAGCCGAGCUCUCAGACUGUGGUUUUCCACGCUGCCACCAGAGGGCGCCCCAAGCCAACACGUGUCAGAGUGCCGGCCUGCCGGGGACCUGGCGAAGGGAGUGGUUCUAAGAACAUAACUUAAUCAGAGUUUAAAAGAUUUCUACUGGAUCAUGCAUCAAGAUGCCCCCUCUGGGGAGAAGGGAACAUGACCAGAUUCCCUCACUGUCGUGUCUUGAAUAAACACUGCUGCUGCUUCAUACCAUGAGGGCCAUAGCCCGUCCCUGUGUGGGUGGGGGCAUUUCAACUUCCCUGACUUAGAAUUUGACUCUGUUUGUAACAGGGUUUGAAAAGCUGAGUCAACACUGUGUAGCAUUUGACCCCUUUCACCUCCUUCCUGCUCUUUCUUCCUACAAGGAUCUUUGUGCAGAAGUGGGUCGGCUUCGUGUUCUGUCCUUUUGCUUUGUUUCUGCCAUCCCUGUACCCCUUGGAAGGCAGCCCCCCACGGAGCCUGGCAGCAUCCGUGGGCACCAGGGGGAGGGAGGCCCAGGCCGCGCACUUUAUGCUUAUUCUCCAGUUAGCGUGGCCCAUUGCCACCCCGACCGUCUGCUGGGCAUGUGCUCUCCUCUGACUUUGGGAGGCCUUGACCUCCCUGGCUUCCUGCAGACUGCCACCCCUCUGCCUGCUCACUCUCUCCCUUCCCCCAGUCGCCCCCACACAGAUGGCUUCAUUCCCUCGUUCUCUGCUGAACAAACUCAGUAAACUUUUGUAAAAGUUUCCACUGGGCAGCGGCAGCUUGCUGACAGCUUGUUUUAAACUUUGAUCCGAAUAGCCUUUUGAUACUUGAAUAUUUUAAAGUUUAUACAUAGUUUCUAAUUUUUUUCCUAACAGAUUCAGAUACCUAAUAAGAUAUUAGAGUGCACUUCAUGGACAA